AUGGCAGAAGACAAAAAGGACAGCAAGGAUGAGAAGGAUGAAAAGAAGGAUGGCGAGAAGCUGAAAGAAGUCAAAAAGGACAGACGUGAUGUGGUGGUGCACCCCAUUGUCUUGCUUGGCGUGGUGGACCACUACAAUCGAGUUGCGAAGGGCACAACCAAGCGAGUGGUUGGAACGCUGGUGGGUGAGGUGUCGGACUACAGCCUUCACAUUACCAACUGCUUUGCAGUACCUUUUGAGGAAGAUCCGCGCGACCCACAGGUGUGGUUUCUGGAUCACAACUAUCAUGAAGCCAUGUUCGCAAUGUUCAAAAAGGUGAACACCAAAGAGCGAAUCGUGGGGUGGUACUCAACAGGACCAAAGAUUAAGCCCUCUGACCUCAGCAUCCAUGAGCUCUAUCGACGGUACUGCCCCGAGCCGGUGCUGGUGGUCAUGGAUGUGCAGCCCAAGGACCUGGAGCUGCCCAUGGAAGCCUACUACUCCGUCCAAGAGCAGACCUCGGAUGAGGUGUUCAAGCGGACGUUUCUGCAUGUGCACUCUACCGUCGGUGCCUUCGAGGCUGAAGAAGUUGGCGUCGAGCACCUGCUGCGUGAUAUCAAGAAUGCGUCGGCUUCUACUUUGGCUGUACGCGUGGGUGACAAGAUUGGCGCCCUGAAGGGUUUGGCCAUGCGACUUCGCGAGAUCUCACAGUACCUGAGCCAAGUGGUAGCUGGAAAGUUGCCCAUGAACCAGGAAAUCAUUUACCAACUGCAGGAGAUUUUCAAUCUGAUGCCGGAUCAGGACUCCGAAGAACUAGUCAGAUCUCUCGCGACCGAAACAAACGACAUGAUGUUGGCGCUGUACCUUGGUAGCAUGCUUCGAUCGACUGUUGCGCUCCACAACCUGAUCAACAACAAGAUGAGGAACAAGCAGCAGAAGGAAAAAGCUGCGGAGCCAAAGGACAAAGACAAAAAGGAUGAAGCAAAGAAGGAAAAGGAGGAGGCUUGCCAUGAAUCCAGAAGUUUGGGAUCUCUUUUCCUUGAAGCGCGCAGGUCAAGUGAGUCAUCUCUCCCAGCCCUGCAACUUCCUAGUGCGCUGUGGAACUCCCGCGCCUGCGUGACCGAAGCACAACCAAGUGCAAAAAGGCGUCCACGGCCUCCUCCCGAAUGCGUACUGCACAGGACUGUGAGCUGCAGUUCGCUAAAAAGACUCUCACUUCGCCGGCCUCACUUUCAAAAGCAGAGCAGCUUGCACAGCAAUGAGCAUUUGAAAGCUUUCACCAAUUUCCAGCAUUCUUUGGCUUCACACCGGGCUUGGGCCUGA